AUGAUUUCUACUAAUCCCCCCUUGACUCAUAACCAUUUGCUUCCUAAUGCUGGUGAUUGUUUCUUACCAAUCAGUUUAAAAUGGAAUUCGAACUCGGAAAUUGCCCGGAUUCUAUUCGCAGCUCGUCAUCGUACAGAAUGGAUCUCGCAUCAAGUAUAUGAACUUCCACGUACUGGUAGUCAACAAUUAUUUCUUCGAUAUGAUGGCAUUUGGUUCAAAUCAGACAAAUUCGAAUGGAAAAAAAGACGUGAGGGUAGAAUUGUUCGAGAGGAUCAUAUGAAGCUUAAAGUUAACAAACAAGAAGUUAUAUCAGCGAAUUACGCACAUUCUGCCAUUGUGCCCACGUUUCAUAGAAGAAUUUAUUGGCUGACCAGUGACCCUUCAUACGUUCUUGUGCAUUAUUUGAAUGUUUGUGACGAAAAAUAUAACGAUAUUCCUGAAACAGCUGAAAAAAUAGCAAGUACAAUGAAAAGUAACAAUGUAGGAAUCUCGCGGAACUUGCUGGAAGCCCAUUUAUGCUCAAUUUUUUUUGACAUGUUUUCUCGCGAAAUGAUCACAAUAUUAUGUGAUAAUAUUUGUAACUUACUAGAGAAUCGGCAAGAGCAGAUGUCUUCAUCUCAUUCAUCUACCUUGGAACGUAGAAACUCUUGUAGUUCAGCGUUUAGGCGUGGGCUGUCUUCCGUUGCUUUGCAGAGGCAACCAUCAACGUUUUCAGAUUCUGUCGAUGCAAAUUAUAUUGGAGUUGUUGUGAAUAACUGUGGCGCUGACGGAAGUAAUAGAAUAUAUAACCAAACUGACAGCAGGUCUCACUCAGAUGAAACUCAGCAACGAAGCAAUCAAGAUGAAGAAAUGUCUCUUAAUCAUCCUAAUUCACUAUCAGCGUGCUCUGUUGGACCCGUAUCUCAGAACUCUUUCGUCCAAGAAAACUUUGCAAAAACUGGAAAUGACAUUCUAGAAAUAGCUCCUUCAUGCUCGAAUCUCAGAGGGGGUUCCAAAGUUGUGAUUAUUGGGGAUUGGUAUUUGAAAGGGCAUGAGUAUUCUGUUGUUUUUGGAGACAAAAGAGUACCCGCUAAGCUAGUCAGGCCUGCCGUUUUGUCGCUCGAAAUACCUCCAGCUUCCAAACCUGGGUGGGUGUCUCUACGCGUUUAUUGCAAUGAUUGUCCGGUUUCUCAAUCGUCAAAGUUCCUUUACGAAGAUAAUGAGCGUGACGGACUUUUGCAAGCUUUAACUGAUCGAGUUAAUCUGCUCAUUAUAGCAUUUUCGGUUCCCUCGGAAACUAAACGUUUUUCAUCUCUGCCAACUAACGAAGACAGUUUUCUUUCAUUUCUGACUCCUUUGCAAAACCUUCCACUCGUUCACCCAAAUAUUUUAUCUUCUCCUUUUUCGUUACCUUCUCGAACAAUUUUGCAUAUAUGCGCUGCUUUAGACUUCUCGAAGCUACUUGUUUUCAUUCUGAGUUGGAGGAGAAAACUGAUUCAUGUCAGAGAACUUGAUCCUCUUGCUCGAGAUUGUGAAGGUAAAACUCCAUUGCAUAUAGCAGCAGCGUAUAGCAAUCUCAAUUCCUGCAAGCUUUUAUCAGAAUCGAACUCUCAAGCUGUUUAUAUUCUCGACGAUCGGGGAAGAACUCCCUCUGAGUUAGCCUCUAAUGAUCUUAUUAUUACACUUUUGAACUUACCUAAUGAUCAUGAUAUCGUGCAUAGCCUUUCUACAAUAGAAAAUGCCUCCUCCACUGCCUUAUGGGUAAUGACUAAUGGAGAAACAGUAACAGACGAACAGUUAUUACGUGAUGGUCGGCGAAAACCAGAGGAUUUGCGUUCCGUGGAUAAUACCGGUCAAGCAGAGGAUGAACAUUGCAGUCAAAAUGGGGCGGCCUCUAGCAAAAGUCCCCCCUUACAUGUGGAAAUUUCGAUGGAUACCGAUGUUCAUGUUCCAGAUUCUCCGAAAAUGGCUGAUUUGUUUCAGGAAGUAACGAGUCCGGGAGUUCUAGUUAAUGAGAAUGCUCGACAAAAAAUGGCAAACCUUGCGAAGCAAAUCAUUGAUGCUCUUCCUGAUAGAAUCAAGAAUGAUCAAUCUUCUCUUAUGGAUGUAGAAAUGCUCUCAAACGAAGCUAAUUCUACCGGAUUUUCUUAUCCCGAUGAUUUAUCUCGAAUGCUUGGCACUGACGGUGCUUAUGAUUUAUGGUCUCAGAACAGUCCAUCAUUCGGUCUUUCAUCAGAUUCUGAAGUGGUGUCAUCCGUAGGUGAGAUGCCUUCUACGUCCUCUUCCCUUGGUCAACAUCUGCGACCGCAUGCAAAUUCUAUUGGAUCUUCCCGAACAAAUACCUAUGAAGGCAGCAGUUUUGACUUCGACAAAGACUUGGGAGAAUUUUUCAAUAUAAAUGUAGAUGGUGAAGUUGACCCUAUCCAGCAACGUUUGGGUGACCUGAAGCUUUCUGACUUAGAGCAACGCGAAGUGUAUGAAGCUGCAAUGGUGAUCCAGCGAGCUUAUCGGGAGUAUCGGGAACGAAACAUCAAUCGACGUCAGGCUGAUGUUGAACGUCGUGCUGCUGUCACGAUUCAAUGCUGCUAUCGACGGUAUAAGCAGUUCUGUUAUUUUAAGAAGCUUCACAGUGCAGCUAUAGUUGUUCAGAAACAUUUUCGAAUGAAGAAGGUGAACCAAAAAGAAUCCCAAACAUCGCAUGAUAACGAAGUUCAGGAGCACCCAACUCUUCAAGGUCAAAUUCUCAGAAUUCAAGUUCCUCAAAACAGCUCAUCCCUAUCUCGCGAACAUAAGGCUGCUGCUACUAUCCAGGCAGCGUAUAGGGGUCACCGCAAACGGCAAGCCGCGGCUCGUAAAAUACAAAAGUUUAUGAAAGAGAGCAGAUUAAAACUCCGCAGGACAGCAGAGCAAAACGACGACGGUAUGUGUGCGGUGAGCAACAACCGAACAAGCAGCCUAUCUGGACAUACUUCUCUCAACAAUGAAACUCCAGGGGUUAUCAACCCAGCUAUUGUUACUAUGCGAACUCUUCAGGAUAAAGGGAAUUAG